UUCUAUUCUUGGUAUUGUUCAGAGCUCUUGCUGACACUUCAACAGAGGUUAAGAGACGUCAAGCCAAAUCCCAACGAAAAGAACUAUCGAUCAUGCCAAAUAAUUUAAUGUUCCUUGGACAAAUGCUUUGUGCUUGGCGAUGUGGAGAAGUUGUUACAAAAGAUUUGCAAAGAUGGUUACAGGAAGGUUUAAUGGAGAUUUUGAUUGUCGUAGAAGACUGA